CGAAUUCUCCCUAAUAUUCUAGUAGUGCCCUGUACAUGUGGUUGUGAGGAGAUAGAGUGCUAGUGCAGUGAGAGAUGCCUACAAGAGUACCCAGUCAAGUGGUGGUCCAUCCCAUAGUCCUAUUGAGUGUAGUGGACCAUUUCAACCGUCUCAGCAGGAUUGGUUUCCAGAAGAGAGUGGUGGGAGUGCUACUGGGCUCUUGGAGGAAGGGGAACAUUGUCGACAUUGCCACUAGCUUUGCUGUACCAUUUGAGGAGGAUGAGCGUGAUCCCAGCGUCUGGUUCCUCGAUCAUAACUACCUCGAGAAUAUGGCCGCCAUGUUCAAGAAAGUCAACAGUCGUGAGUAUGUGGUGGGAUGGUACCACACUGGCCCCAAGCUCCACCCCAAUGACAUCACUAUUCAAGAGCUCCUCGGGAAAUUCUGCAACAACCCAGUACUGGUGAUAGUGGAUGCCAAACCCAAGGCACUGGGACUACCCACUGAUGCAUACUAUGCUGUGGAGGAGGUCCACGAUGAUGGUACACCCACCACACGUACAUUUGAGCACACCCCCAGUGAGAUAGGAGCGGAGGAGGCAGAGGAGGUCGGAGUGGAACACCUACUCAGGGAUAUACAAGACAAGACGGUGGGCACCCUCUCACAGCGUAUCAGCAGUCAGCUGCUCUCCCUGCAAGGCCUCCAAACACAUCUAGAGGGGAUACGCGAUUAUCUCGAAAAAGUCACCCAGAAAAAACUACCCAUGAAUCACCAGAUUCUGUACCAACUCCAGGAUAUAUUUAACCUGCUACCAAAUCUCAAUCUGGAUGUGUUUACACGAUCGUUUGCAGUCAAGACAAAUGAUCAACUGCUGGUUGUGUAUAUCGCCUCGCUGGUACGAUCUGUGAUUGCUCUGCACACUCUGAUUGAGAAUAAGGUCUCCAAUAGAGAGGCUGAGAAACAAGAGAAGGAAGGAGACAGAAAGAAGGAUGAAUUGAAAGCAAAGAAGGAAUUAGCCAAAGCAGCAGCCGAGGGAGAGAGUAAAGACUCUGAUAGCAAAUCAACUCCCAAGAAAGACAAGAAAUCUGACGAAUCAAAAUCGACCAAAAAAUAGUCGUUCCACUAAACACUUAUUGUUAGGAGUUGUGUAUUUUAGAGUAUUUACUCCCAUUGCCUUAUGUAUUUAUCUUGUAAGUUUUUACUUUUCCUGUG